GAACUAUAAGAACAUUAUAAAGUGAAAUGCGGAGAAAUAGAAAAUCGGUGUGUAUUUCGUCAGUGAAAGCGAUGUAAAGCUAAGAAAGAGUUGAAACUUUUGAUAAAAAAAAAUCGAAAGGUAGUUUUCCGGACCACAUUUCAUUCGAUGCAAAAAAAAUUGAUUAAAUUCCAAGUGACAAUUUUUCAAUAAAAAAAAAAACGACAAACUAACGUCAUUGAUUCAUAUAUUGCGUGAGUUGAUUUUCGCAAAAGUAUUCAUGUGCAAGGAAGUGCCAUUUCAUUUUCAUAUUAUAAAAAACGGUAAAAGAAUCCGAAAAAUCCGAACAAAAAAUUCAUACAUGUCCUCCGUUGCUAUACCAAGUGAAUGUGCGAGCGGAAGUGACACAUGAAUCAAUACAUUUUCAUACGCAUUGGUAUAGAGUUUUGUCGAAAACAUUUCACCCCUUACAAAAAGACAGAAACACACUAGUCAAACACGAUUGACAGAUUGCUCAUGCAAAAAAUUGAAUAUACGCCAAUACUAAACAAAAAAUUUAUUCCAAGAAAUUUCUGUCUUAAUACCAAUAUGCCAAGUGAAAGAAAAAACGAUUGAGAGUGUCAACGAACAAAAAUCACAAUUGAUAUUGAGUAUACAUUUUUGAAACCGAUUCAAACUUGAUGCGUUCAGCAUAUAAGUGGUACAAAUAGCGUGCUUCCCAGUUCGUAGACUAAACACAGAGAAUCGCAUUGUUUUUGGAUGAAAUAGUUCUGGUUGGAUUAUUGUCACUUUACAUAAAUCGAUAGAGCCAAAACUGAAUGUUGUGUGUUUGUUACUGAAUGUGGUGUGUAUGCUCUUCCCGACUUGUGCAUACAUUUUUCACUUAAUGCCACUCUUCAAUUUCAAGAUAGAAGUGAUUUGUGACUAUAUAAACUGAGCUUCUUUCUUUUGUACAGACGACGGGAAAAAUUUUACGUGGUGGAAAAAGUUUUAUGAAGGGAAAAAGAACAAUAUUUUCUGAUUUUCAUAAAAAUUAUCUUAAAAAUUCAAAUUAUCUUUGUUAAAAAAAUUCUUCACACUAAAUAAAUAAAUACUCGAACGAAAAUAAGUGAAACAUAAUAAACAUUCGAAUCAUUUUGAAAAUGAAUAAAAAUGACUUGCUUGAUGUGACUGAACAAUAAUAAGAAGAACAAAGAAUAAACAGUUCAAAACCAGACAAACGUUAAUGAUGUUUCAUUUUUCGCUGGGGAAAAUUUAAAAACGGAAAAGGACGCGUGAAAUGUUUUCUUUUUAAAUCCGCAUAAGAAAAAACAAGGGAACAGAAGCAAAAAAGGGAUCACGAUAUUGACAUUUAGCUGAAGAAGUUGACUCGUUAUUGGGCAAGAAAGUAGAAGUGUCGUCGUAUUUUGUGCAGAACAUAGGAGCCGAGCAUUUCGAGAUAUCAGAUUUACUAUCUAUAGGCUUUUACAUAUGAGAUCAUCCACGGCUAUGUAAAUUGCAUUGAAAUUGUACUGGCGAGCGAUCACCGUAGAAUUGGAUGAAAUUGAAACAUCUAGCAAAUUCGGAUGGAAAUAUAGAAUAUGAAAGAGUGACAAUAAAUAAUAUUAUUGCACCAGUUCAAUAAAAUACAGAAAAACAUGGAAAAACAUCAAAAUUAUUGCAAGAAAUGCAUACAAAUUCAAACGAUAAAGUAAUAAUAGAAUAAAGAAUAAGUGGUGGUAUUCUAUGCCAAAUUGAAUAUCACAGUAAAACUGUGUGCAAUUAAACUUUUCGAUUUUUAAACAUAUUGAGUGAGAGUUUUGGAAGCGAAAUGGCUGAAAAAGACGCCACAAGAUAUCGCUAUGAACCAUAUCAACCGUUAGCAUCCAAGCAACAAAACAAUAGCGGUAAAUCAUGUGAUCCGCCAACGACAUUGAAAAUUGGCGGUAGUACAACAAAAGGGAAAAAACCGGAUGAAAAUCCAAAUGCAAAUCGGUGCUGUUGCAUGGGCCCAAAAGCCCGAUCCUUCUGGAUUAGUUUAUUAAUGAAUUUAGGUAUAUGUUCACUGCUGUUCGGUUAUACACUGCUCGGUUCGUUUUUAUUUUUGGCCAUCGAAGGUGGUGCAUCGACAAUGCAACAACGUACGCUGGCUUCAACAAAUCGUCAUCGAAUGUCAUCGUCACAAUCUCGAACAACGGCUACUGAAAAUGUAACGUUAUCCGAAGUUGCUGCCGCCGAAGCAUUGGAAGCUCGCCAAAAAACUGUCGAAAAUAUUUGGGAAAUUACUGUGUCAUUGAAUAUUUUAUAUCGUGAAAAUUGGACGAGACUUGCCGCACUCGAAAUAAGCCGAUUUCAGGAUCAAUUAAUCCGAAAAUUAACCGACGAAAUGAAUGCUCAUCAGCAUCAUCAAGAAGGCAGUGGACCAGCAACUGGUGCCGUCAUCGUUCCAUAUUAUCAAAUGCAAGAGCACGAAUGGACUCUGGCCCGCGCAUUUUUAUAUUCACUAACCGUGCUCACCACAAUCGGCUAUGGAGAUUUGGCGCCUCGUACAACGCUUGGCCGUAUCGUAACGAUGGUGUAUGCAAUGCUGGGAAUCCCAUUAACAUUAAUUUAUUUAUCAAGUACGGGCGGUGUUCUAGCACGUGUUGCUCGUGGUGUAUUUUCACGAGCACUAUGCUGUUGCCUGUGCUCAAAUUGUGGAUACUGCUGCUACGAUGAAAAACGAAUGGCAGAAAAAGAGCGUCGUUUGAAGCGGAAGCGUCAACAAGAAGAAAUACGUGCCCAACAAUUGUCACUACAAGAACCGUAUUAUGUACGAUCAAAUGCAUUGCACAAUAAUCUUCAUUCGCCGGAGAAACAAAUUCAAAUUGUAGCCGAUGUGGAAUCGAUAAGCACCAGCGAAUCGAAAGCAUCAAUGCAUGGCUUGAGCAUUCUGGCGCCGAUUCUUCUAUGCUUAAGCAUGAUGAUAAUUUAUGUGCUGUUCGGUGCAUUGGCAUUGAUACGGCUUGAAGAAUGGACAUUUAUCGAUGCAAUUUAUUUUUGUUUUAUGAGUUUAUCGACCGUCGGUUUUGGCGAUAUGCGGCCAGAUAUGCAUAAGGAAUCAACCACAACCACAUGGUUUUGUUCGAUUUACAUCAUGUGCGGCAUGGCAUUAACAGCAAUGUGUUACAAUGUAUUGCAUCAAGAAAUUGCACAUCGUUUACGGACCGUUGUAGAUGCAAAGCACAAAAUUUCACAUAUCUCACAACAAGCCACAGACGAUCCAAAUGAUUUUUUUGCCUCCUGACGGUACGAGAAAAAUACCAAUCUAUAUCACCGUAAUCCCACUGAAGAGACAUUAAUCUCGGGAACACCAACAUCGUUGCUGUUUGCACAAGAGCCAGACAUGAGUCAAUUGAAUGUGCUUAAGGAUUGUAGCAAUCAUGCCUUGGGCCAUGAAUUAGUUCCAAUUGUAACAAUGAACGAACAAAUAAUGCCGGAGGUGUUGGACAACUUACCGCCGCCACCACCCAUACAAAUUCAAAUGAUUUCGGUAUCGCAACAAUCAGCAAUGCAGCAACAGACUGUCCAACCACAACAGACAACCUCACAGGGAGUCAUGGGUUUGACUGGUGUCUACACAUUAACCGAAGAACCGGAACUUGAAGCCGAAGAGAAUACAUCAAUGUAAUCGAAUUUCGUAUUGUAUGGAUAAACAAGAAAAAUAGGUCAAAAUGUGUCAAGUUGACACUAUUUCAACCGCACAAAUGAGAACAAAAAAAAAACACUCACAUUUCUAGAUUCACUUUUGAAACGGGAAUAUUUUGUAACGAGGGUUUAUAAUGUCCCUUGACUAACACACACAAAUUGACAACAAAAAAGAACAAGUAAUCAGAUCAUAUUUCACGUGAAACAAAAAGAGUUUAAUCGAUGUAUAUAAAAAAAAUCGUGCUCGUCAUUGGAAACAAUAAACCAAAAACUGAAUAAAAACACAUAAAACAACAUGUAAAUUAAAAAUUUACCAUAACAUACCAGCUCAUUUUCACCCCAUCGACGGGCCAUCGUUAAAUGUAUGUAUAAUAUUGUUUCACAGAAUGGAACACGUAUUGGGAAUGCAAGCAACAAAAACAACAACUCAUUUAAUUUCGUUCGAGUUUAUAUACUAUACGGUGAAUUUAAUGAAAUCGCUUAUUAGAAUUAUUCUCCAAUAAUAAAUUAAUACAGUUCAUAAAAUGCCGAUCAAAGCCAUGAACGAACCAACUAACGAACGAAAUAAUAAAUUCAUAAAAAAAUGAUCAACUAGUGUGUAUAUGUGUACUGUAUAUGGGUGGCAUAUUGUUCACCGCAUGAUUAAAGAGCGGUUGCUGUGGAGGGGAUAGCAGAAGGUGUUGUUAAUUAUUGUGAGCGACUGAACCCGAAAAAAUUAGUGUUGUUCAUAUAAAAUCAAAUAUAAUAAUAAAAAAUUAGUGCAUUUUGGAAAACAUCCCUUUCGCCCUUCUACUUUAGUUACAAUUUUCAAAAAUUCACGUGCAAAAACAUCAUCAACUACAAUAAUGGUUGGCCGUAAAAAUAUACACUCUUCAAAAUCACAGUGAAUUGAAUGUAAAUAGUCAUUAAUUGGAGAUGUUCUUUUUUUCAAUUCAUUUUUACAUACCGCGUUUUAAGCAAAUUAAGGAUAAAUGUUUUAUGGAUACUAGUAAAUAAUAAUAUUUAAAUAAAUACAAAAUAAUGAAACAAAUAACUAAAUUGAUUUGUUAAAUAACAUUAAAACCUAUUUAAAUUUAGAUGGGGUUUCGGACGCACGAGAAAAUGUUUUUUUAUAUAUCAUUCUCGAUUGAGCCCGUUGAAUGGAAACAGGUUACAGCUGGAACCUGUUCCAAAAGUGUAUUCAACCAACAUAAAUCAACACAUAAAAUGGCUUAGCGACGAAUUUUUGUUUUAUUUUUUUAGUUAUAUUACUGAUAAAAUAAAAAUUUACCAAAUAAAAAACAUGGAAAUCAUUAUAUGGAUCUAGAUGAAUGUAGUAUAAUCAAAUGAAUAAAAAAACACAACCACAACAAAAUAUUACAAAUUAAAUAUUUGCAUUAUUGAAAUUUGUAAACGUUUUUCAUAAUCGUUCAUGUAUAACACACAAAUAUCGAUGAAGUCACACAGCUUCCGAUAUUAUGACCUGAGAACUCUUUACUAAUUUUCAACAGUAACGAAUGUUUUUAAAUAUAGAAUAGUAUACAUAUAUGGUCAAAAAACAGACAUUAGGUUUGAGCUAUGGAUAUAGCGGCUGCUAUUUCAUAGCCGCUAUUCAUAGGCGCUAUUUAAUUCGUGUGCUGUUUGUAACACCGAGUAGGAAUAGCCACAAUAUGCAUAAAUGCAUUAAAACGAGAUAAAUAGUGCCUAUGAACAGCGCCUAUGAAAUAGCAGCCGCUAUAUCCAUAGCUCAAACCUUAUGUCUGUCAAAAAACAAAUUUGAAUUUAUUUUCAUCAAAAAUUCACACAUUAGGCGAUUUUUAUGAACAUUUUACGAAAUGCGAGUUUAAGAAAUUCAAUUCGUUGUUUUGUCCAAUAACUUUGGUAAGUUCAAUUUGGCACAAAAAUACUUUAAUGUAAACAUUGAAAAAACGAUUUUAAUCAACAACUGAAGUGGGUCAUAAUAUGGAAGCUUAUAUGCUUACACAUAAAAAAACUAUAUUGUGAGUUCUUUAAAUAUGGCUCAAUUAUCAGAAAAUAAGAAACAAAUGAAAAAUGAGUUCUAAAUUGCGAUUCAUUAAAAUAUAUGUGGAAUGAUUGAUAAAAACUCAUUACCCGAUACUAAACUACAAAAGAGAAGAAAAUUUUGAAGAUAAAAUGACAUAAAUUGACAUAUCUUUGUUACUUCAAGCAAAAUCUAUUUAUAUUGAAGUUAAGUUUGGUAAUUUCAUUUUGGAAAAAUAAUUUAAUUUUCGUUUAUUCAAUUUUUUCCUCUCACAGCAUGAAGUUAAAAAAGAAAACCGAACAGUUACGGUUAUUACUUUUGACAUUCAAAUUCUCAAAAAAUUAAUUGGACGUCAUUCGAUUUACAUAUAUGAUUACCAAGUAAAAUUGUGAUAUCAAUACUUUGUAGGACAUAAUUGGAUGAAAUGAGAAACACUAUUAUUUGUGUAUGAAAUAUAAUAAAAAUGAUGGCAUUAAUCAAUAAACGGAAUACUAACUAAUUAACUAACAACAACUGCAAAAAAAAAAAAAUACU